GUCGUUCCCCUCUAGGCAUGGUGUUCUCCCUAGUGCGGAGUCCGCUGCGGUGCCUGGGCUUCGCUCGGUCUCUGGCGGGAUGGCGGAGGCUGAAUCCGACGCGGCGCUUCUUCUGCAGCCAGCCGGGCCUGCAGGACCUCUUCGCACUGCCCUCGCUCCGGCGCUUCCUGGACCAGCAGCAGGAGCCAAGGCAGGAGGCGGGUGCGGGCCGCGGAGGCUUGGAGCUGGCCGCUCUGGCCCGCCGCCUGCGGAGGAAGGAGGAGGAGCUCAGCGACACCCAGCGCUUGGCCCGGGAAGAUGAAAAUGAAGAUUUGCGACAACUUGCAGAAACGGAAAUUGUUUUUUGUCAGGGAGAGAUAGCAGAGUUGAAACGUCAGAUAAUACUGCAUUUAAUCCCUUCAGAAGAAACAGAUGAAAGUGAUCUUAUAAUGGAAGUGACUGCUGGAGUUGGAGGGCAAGAAGCAAUGCUAUUCACUGCAGAGAUGUUUGAUAUGUAUCAACAAUAUGCUGCAUAUAAAAACUGGAAUUUUGACAUUUUGGAAUAUGCACCCAGUGAUAUAGGUGGAUUGAGACAUGCAUCUGCCGCAGUAGCAGGCCCUGAAGCAUAUAGGCAAAUGAAGUUUGAAGGAGGAGUGCAUCGUGUUCAGAGAGUGCCUAAAACAGAGAAGCAAGGCCGCAUUCAUACCAGCACAAUGACUGUAGCAAUAUUGCCACAACCAAAUGAGAUAAACCUGACAAUUAAUCCUAAAGAGUUACGUAUUGAAACUAAACGAGCCAGUGGAGCUGGUGGUCAGCAUGUAAAUACCACUGAUAGUGCUGUACGCAUAGUACAUAUUCCCACAGGUGUGGUGUCUGAAUGUCAACAAGAAAGGUCUCAAAUAAGAAAUAAAGAAAGGGCUAUGCAGAUCCUUCGUGCCAAGCUGUACAGUAUGAAGCUUGAAGACGAGUCAAGGAAGAGAGAAACUGCCAGAAAGAUUCAGACUGGCACCAAAGGAAGGUCUGAGAAAAUCAGAACCUACAACUUCCCCCAGGAUCGGGUCACUGACCAUAGAAUAAGUAGAUCAGUGCAUCAUAUUGAACAAUUUAUGUUGGGGGAAGAACUACUAGAUGAAAUGAUACAAGCCCUGGGAGAAUAUGCUGACUUUGAAGCUCUGAUGGAAGUUAUUUCAGAAAGUGAUCCAACCAGGCUGAGAUGACCUUCCUCUUGUCCUGCACAACAGGUAUGGAAAUGCAUCCAAGCUCUAUUGCUGCAUUGUACUGUUUGGACCUAUCUGAUUUUGCAGUAAAAUAGUGCUACGUUACAAUUAUCCCCAAAUCGCUGUUUGAAGGGGAACAUUUGUUCUGAAAGAAAAAUACUGUACUGUUUAAGCUGCAGCAUGUUAAACAGACCAGUGCAUUAAAAUAAUUAUUGUUUCCUCUUUUGAAUCAGCAGUGGCACUGCUUCUUUCUAAGGCUGGUGGAAAGUUGAGAAUUAGUCUGGAAUGCUUAUUCAUCAUAACUAAAAACAAAUCUAGACAUAUUAUCCCAUGUGGAUCAAAUAAUUCCUUCUUUUUACAGAAGGCUGUUGCUACAGUGAGGAGAUCCUAGAGUUGUUAUUUACUACCUUUUCUUCCCUUGUCCUGGGUAGUAUCCCAACUCAACAGCUGAUUUUGAGAUAGCACAAGGGACUACAAGAGGAGGCAGAAGCUUAAAAAAAUUACAAUUACCCCUUCUCAUUAUAGCAGUGAGAAUGUCUUUUCAGCAAAAGUCCAGCUCCAUCCAUAUUCAGUGCAAUAAAAAUGUUGAGGGCAGAUUUAGGUGGCAAAAGUAUGGAUUUUGACCCAUGGUUAAGUCAAGAGUCAUUAUUGGAGAGGGUAGAGUACCAGUGCUGCCUCAGAGGGGCCAGCUGCCUCUGCUGACGUUUGCUCACCCAGGCAUUCAAGAAAGUUUGAUAUAAUGCUAAAUAUUUCUUCUGUUAUUUUACUUGUGUCUUUGCUGCUAUUUUUCUCCCAUGAUGGACUAAGCUCCAUCCCUGCUAGGCUGCCCAGUGGGGAAGUUUACUCAUACCUAAACAAAUGAAGAAACCCUCAUCUCAUUCCUGUAAUAUUUAAUAAAUAUCUAAAAAACUGUUCAUAAUUCUUUACAAAGUUUGAAAACUUGUACAAUGGCUUACAAUAUUUACGAAAACAGAGAUGACUUUGAGAGACUUGAUUGAAGUGUGCUUCCAUAAUACCCUGACCCCCCCCCCCUUUUAUUUUUUUCCCGCUAGCAGGAGUAAAGAAUAUUCAUGUUGAUGGUGUUAUUUGGAUGUCCCAGAGCUCUAAUAAACACUUCAAAACAUCUGCAUUGAGACUAAUUCAUCAUGCACUUUAGUGUAUGAAGAUUUUUAGGGUCCUCCAGAUGGUUUUGACUUCAAAUUACAUAAGUCUUAGUCAACUUCACCAAUGUUAGGGUGCUGUGGGAAUUAUAGUCUAAAGCAUAUGAAAGGCACUAAGUUGCCACUCUUGCAGAUGAGGUCUGUGAAUAUUACCAAGAUAUGAGAAAAGCAGCACUAGUUGGAAAUCAGUGGCAGAAUGAGAGUUGAGACUUUUAAUUAUAACUUAACAAACAUGAAAAUUGUGUAGUCAUAAAAACUUUAUGAUAAUUUAUUUAUUUGGUUCUUUUGAUUUUAAAUUAUUUUUUCUUGACUUGCUACUUUAGAGCAGCUGUGUUUAAAUUUUAACUUGCUUAUUCUAAAGAUGGCUCGGAUCUCAGUAAUAAAACAAUCUAGUUACAUUUUCUUGUAGAUAAUGUACAAGACUAUUUAAAGUAUUCUACCCUGGAAGUAAGGCCAAUAGAGUGUAGUUUUCUGGAAAUUACUUAGCAGUUCACCUUGUUUGCUGCUCAAAAUAUUGAUGUCUGUUUUAAAACUGUGCUCCUAAGGGCAGAGAACUUGCUUGUGCUUGCCACUUACGUGGCUCCACGGUGGUUAGAUUACUUUGUCUAUAAUUAUUUUAUUUUUUUAAAGCAUUUAUACCUUGAUUGUUAGACAAAAAGACUCCCAGAGUAACGUAUUACCAAUUAUAAUUCCUUAUUGGUUAGAUUAUCUAAGGCUAAUAGGAGUUAUGGUUCACACUUGUCCUAAAGGAAUAAUUUGACGAACAUAAGGUUUGUUUAACUGUUUUAUUCAAUGUUAACUAUUCUGUUUGUAAAAUUAAGCAAACAGUAUAUAUGAAGUGUUGUAGCAAAGUUAAAAAUAGUGUUGUCAGAGCCUGAACCACCAAAAAAUUCUGAAGUGAUGACAUAUUCAGGUCUAAAUUUCCAUGUAUUCUAGUAUGUGUGCAUUUGGGCACUUGAUGCUUUGCUCUCCUGUGUACCAUGAAAUGGAACAGCCUUAGAAUUAGGAAAAAGCCCUUAUCUAACUAGGAUGGACUGCUGAUACUAACAGUAUGUCUGUGAAAAUACUCAUAAAUAUUGAUAAAAGUCAGGAGCAUGCCCAUCAAAACAGGGGGGACGCAUCAUAUGGCUGUAAAUUCUGAUAAGGAUGCCAGCCAAUAGAGGAAAUUAAAUAAGCUGCUACUGCAAACCUAUAAGUAAACCUGGCUAGUUUCAUGUAUAAAUAAUACUUCCUAUAUUCCGUUCCAGACCUAUAACAGUUCUUUGUGGAAAUUGGUCAGAAACAACUUUUCAUUUUUUUUUAUCUAUUUGAAAAGGUUAAUGUUUGAUCAUUCUGCUGUACUCCACAAAAAAAGAAAAUCAACCUUACAAAUGCUGAUUUAUUAUCAAUAAACAUUUGGUUUUGUACCUAUA